GCCAGGUCUAUAUGCUGCAAGUAAGGUCUGGAAAGAAGAUAAGAACCUCUUGCACUGACUGGAACCAGCAAGAUCUGUCCAUCUAUCCUGAGGUCCCCAGGUAAGAGCAUGGCUUUUAACGUCUCAUGAACAAGGCGUGACCAUGUGGUUGUUAUAUGAAUGGAUAUUGAUGAUGUUAUACUUAGAGUAACAUUAUAUUCUUUUUAUUUUUUACCUAGAAUUUUUUUUUUAAUCAAAGAUGAUAUUUGAUUAUUGAACCAGAUACGUUGAUUUAAAGACAGCAUAAUCAUAUUUUAGUUAUAUUUUAAUAUAUUAGAAUUUGUGUGCCUUCCUGAUAAUUGCUGAAUAAAGAAUUUUGGAAUGUAAAAGCCAAAGACAAUGGCAGUUACUCCCCACCCCACUUCUCCCAAGUUACCUCCAGAUAUCACUGGGUCGGUUCUAGCCAGUUAUUUAAACAUAGCAUAACACUAUAGCAGCCUCUACAUCUGUUUCAGAAUAGCCUUAUUUAAUAAAGCAUGCACAAAAUGUAAAUAUAUUACUGUUAUAACAGUAAUCAGAUAAUCAAUUACACUAAAGGUCAUUGGGAAAUAUUUGCUGUAUAUGCUUAUGUAUUCUUCAAUUUCCUCCUUUUGACAGAAAGGGAAGCAGAAUGCAGUGUGCCUGGGAGUGAAGACUCGGUCUACUUGUAUGAGUAAGAGGAUUGGAGAAGAGCAGGGAAAUCAUCAGGAGCCUUGUGUGCCUGUGUGUGUACAGAAGGGUGUGUACAGAACAGAUGCAGAUUGGGGCAGAGAGUGCCUGUAUGUACAGUGUAUGGUAUCUCCUCGAUCAGGUGGAAGGAUGCUGAGUUGAAGAAUCUGCUGAUCUAAGAACAGACCUAAGAACAUGUAAGUAGUGCAUUUAUUUCAAUACUCAUGUAAUAUUAUACCAAUAUCUUAGCAUCAAAGCAUAUUAGUGAUUUUUUUUUUUAAAUCUCUGCAAUUGAGCUUUAACAUCCAAAGUUUCAACGUAUUGAUAUGUGUUGAAUAGCUGCUCAUAGCAGUGCAUUGCGAAGACUAUGCACACAGCUGGUUAGUUGCUGUAUAUCUGUGAAUUUUUAACUCCCUGGUUGUGCAAUUACAGCUGAAGCCCCUUCCUUGAUAAAUUGCUGUGUAAUGUUUUACUAGUUCCUCCGGCUCUGAAAGGGUUAAAGGUCAGAGAGCCAAGAAGAUCUUAAGGCAGGAUUAUUGAUAGAAAGUGAUCACCCCUUUUUAACAAUGACAAGAGACACCUGAUCUGUGUCCCCAGAGACCCGUUCAGCUUUUAAAGAGUUCUAUGGAAAUGGUUAUAAGAAGUGAUGAAUUCAGUUCCAAGAAGGCUAGGCAGCAUGUUCACGCAAAUGACACUACCUGUGAUUACAUAGGAAAUAUACAUUCGUUGUACUGUGUGAUGUGACUGGACCAGCCCAGUAAGAUGCCCUGUUGAAGACACACUUGUUCGAUCUUAUAUUUACAAGUGGACGACUUGUUGAUUUUUGUGUCACUGCAUGUGGAUACAGUUGUGCCUUGGCUUUAUUGUCCCAGAGACUGCAUGUGUAAGAUUGAACGUUCUAAGGAGUUAUUCCGUUAUAAAAAUGGAUACAUUAAUACAUUGCCCAUAUUGUACAUCCACAGAUCCCCUCAUGAAAUAAUCAGAUCGAGCUAUCGGAGAAGAUGGCUUUCCACGUGGAGGGACUGAUAGCUAUAAUAAUAUUCUAUUUAGCAAUUCUUUUCGUGGGUAUCUGGGCUGCGUGGAGAACGAAAAACUCGCGUGGUGAUGGAGACCCCAGGGAAGGGAUUAUUGUGGGGGGCAGAGACAUAGGGCUGCUUGUGGGUGCGUUUACAAUGACAGGUGAGUGUAAUCUUGCAGAACCAAGACCGAUUCACUGUACUUUGAAUUUAAAUAACAACAACAACAAAAAAAUAACUAAUGUUCUCCCGGUGUUGUGACAAGUUUACUGCUUCUUUGUGGCCGGUGGGGAUUUAUGUUGUAAUUUUAUUUUUUAUAGCCUCAGCAAGCCUGUGUGCCUGACAGUGACAAUAUAAUAAUGCAAAAAAAAAAAAUGUCAGAGCAAAUGUAAUAUUUCAGGGAUAGGUAAAAAAACAUAAGGAAAAUUAUAAAGAUUUGUAUUAAUGCAAUUAUGACAAAUAUUUGGUACUUUCUCAGAAGCCUGUGUUUCUUAAAGGCAUAUAUUGUUUGGCAAAUGGUCCCUUAAAAAUGGUGGAAAUUUCAGUUUAUGUUAGUUAAUGAUAUAUGAAAAGCUGGUUUGUCAGUUUAGUAUUUAUUACUGUAGAUUAUUUAGUAACCAGUUUAUAAACAUUUCUUGUUACUUGUUUUCUUGAAGCCACAUAUAGUACAUGAUUUAAAUAUUAUCGAUUUUUUAACACUUCUUAAUUUCUUUAUAUAUUAUUAACUUUUAAAUUAAUUUCACUUUUAUUUUAUCUAUUGUUGAUUUUUUUUAUUUUAUUUUUUUAAGAUAUAAAUAAAUAUUUACACACUAGGCCAUAUAUACAAAUAAUAAUUUUGGAGCAAAAAAUGUGAUUAACAGAAAACUCAAUUUAAUAUAAUUUCUCUUUAAAUACUUGCUUGCAGCCCAUAAUUCCUACAAUAUUUCACAUGGAAUGUGCUGUGUGUGAGACAUAGAGCAAAUAUCAAACAUUGAGCAGACAUGUAUUCACAUCUGAAUACUGAAUAUUAUCAUAUAACUUUGUCACGCUGUCUGAAGUCUGUCACUGAAGAAUCGCACUGGAUUUGGAGCUUUACUUUCAAUGGAGAGAAGCUCCAUAGCCAUCAAUCUUUAUCGGUUUUCUACGGAAACAGAGAAAUGUAGAGAAAUGCCAGUUGCAUAUUUUAGGCCAAAAGACUCCAAAUGGUAUAUGUCUCCACUUCCCAGUUUCUUAAAUUACCUCAACAUUACAUUUCAACAUUAAACAUACAGAUGCACUCUUUAAUUGUUUUAAAUAAAAGUGCCCCUACUAUAGUAACUGAAAAUACAGAUUCCCUUUUUAAAGAUGUGUUCUAAAUUAUGAUAUCUCUUUAACUGGUUGCAUUCACAUUGCUAAUAUCAGCACUGGGACUGGUGAUUAGCUCUGCUAUUUGAAAUGGGAUUUAUUGUGAUGCCAAGAUUUCUCACAUGUAAUUUCCAAUUACAAUAUUUUUUUUAGCAACAUGGGUUGGCGGAGGGUACAUUAACGGAACGGCAGAAGCUGUGUUUGUUUCAGACUACGGCCUCGCAUGGGCACAGGCACCCAUUGGCUACGCCAUCAGUCUGGUUGUAGGUAAGCCAAAAUCUAAUUGUCAGUAUCAAUAUUUGUCUCAGUUAAUACAAGUCAUGGCUAUUCUCAAAUCAAUUACUAGUGAAGGAAUACAAAUAUACGGGAGAUGGGAAGGCUAAUGUAUGGCUAAUUUAAUAACUGUAAAUCUUUAGUCUCAGCUGCUAUGAACAGCAGCACUUACUUAACUAAGCCUUUCAAACCUCAUAGGAAGUGUCCUGUUUUAUAUUAAGCUUAAUAGUUCAUUAAAAUAAAUAACAUAAUGGGAAGGCUUAAUAGAAUGUAAUAGUAAUUAAAACGUGAUUUACGUUAAAACUAAGGAAUGCUUGAUAUGGCUAAUGAAAAUUAAGCUAUUUACCUGCACUAAAUUAGUUUAUCCAAACAUUUGGAUAUAACAUCUUACAGCUCCGGAGUAAAAAAUAUAUAAUCUGGAUUGAGAAAAUAUUAAUAGAAAGAUAAUGGGUUUAUUAUUGAAAACCAUAUUAACUCUCUCAGUACCAAGAUAUUUGCAGAAGAAUGACAACCAGAAUCAAGGUCACUGGGAUGGUCUUGAACGUAAUAUGUAAAUAUGUAAUUUAUGUUGGUAUGCAGAAAAAGUGAAUUUUCAAUGAAAUAAAAAUAUAUUUUUUGAGUCUUGUGUAAGGUCAGGACAAUUUUCAAUAAAUGACAUGUGAUGUGUAAUGUUUUCCAGUUUUAUCCUCUCAUCCUAAUGUGUGGCACCAUCCUCUCUAUACAAACUAUUUCUUCCACAAAUGCUAUAACCAUCUAAUGUAUGUUAUAUUUCACCCAAAGUAAUUAUCAUCCAUCAUAUUGUUGCCCUCCUACUGCAGCAUUUCCAAUCUUUUAACAUCAUGUGUUGUCCCAUAGCCUUUACGUGAUGUCAUAUUGUCUUGCAUAUGUUGCCAAAGGCUCCAUAUUUAUUCAUGUUUUCCCAUAUCAUAUUACCUCCAACAUUGACCCCAUAGGUUGCAGCUAGAGACACACACUAAAAGAGAGGCAUAGAAACAAUGAAAGAUACACAGAGACCCACAUACAGUAAGGGAAAAAUGUAUUUGAUCCCCUGCUGAUUUUUAACAUUUGCCCACUGACAAAGAAAUGAUCAGUCUAUAAUUUUAAUGGUAGGUGUAUUUAAACAGUGAAUGACAGAAUAACAAAAAAAAAAUCCAGAAAAACGCAUGUCAAAAAAGUUAUAAAUUGAUUUGCAUGUCAAUGAGUGAAAUAAGUAUUUGACCCUUUCGACUUAGUACUUGGUGGCUAAAUCCUUGUUGACAAUCACAGAGGUCAGACCUUUUUUUGUAGUUGUCCACCAGGUUUGCACACAUCUCAGGAGGGAUCUUUUUGUCCCACUCCUCUCUGCAAAUCCUCUCCAAGUCAUUAAGGUUUUGAGGCUGACCUUAAUGUACUUCUUCUUGAGUCACUCGUUUGUUGUCUUCGCUGUGUGUUUUGGGUCAUUGUCAUGCUGUAAUACCCAUCCACGACCCAUUUUCAAUGCCCUGGAUGAGAGAAGGAGGUUCUCACCCAAGAUUUGACGGUACAUGUCCCUUUGAUGCGGUGCAGUUGUCCUGUGCGCUUAACAGAAAAACACCCCAAAAGCAUAAUGUUUCCAUCUCCAUGUUUGACGGGGGGAUGGUGUUUUUGGGGUCACUGGCAGCAUUUCUCCUCCUCCAAACAUGGCGAGUUGAGUUGAUGCCAAAGAGCUCGAUUUUGGUCUCAUCUGACCACAACACUUUCACCCAGUUCUCCUCUGAAUCAUUCAGAUGUUCAUAGGCAAACUUCAAACGGGCCUAUACAUGUGCUUUAUUGAGCAGGGGGACCUUGCGGGCACUGCAAGAUUUCAGUCCUUCACAGCGUAGUGUGUUACAAAUUGUUUUCUUGGUGACUAUAGUCCCAGCUGACUUGUGAUCAUUAACAAGAUCCUACGGUGUAGUUCUGGGCUGAUUCCUCACAGUUCUCAUGAUCAUUGAAACUCCAUGAGGUGAGAUCUUGCAUGGAGCACCAGACCGAGGGAGACUGACAUUUAUUUUGUGUUUCUUCCAUUUGCAAAUAAUCACACCAACUGUUGUCCCCUGCUCACCAAGCUGCCUGGCAAGGAUCAUGUAGCCCAUUCCAGCUUUGUGUAGGUCUACAAUCUUGUCCCUGACAUCCUUGGACAGCUCUUUGGUCUUGACCAUGGUGGAGGCUUUGGAAUCUGAUUGAUUGAUUGUUUCUGUGGACAGGUGUCUUUUAUACAGAUAACGACCUGAGAUUAGGAGCACUCCCUUUAAGAGAGUGCUCCUAAUCUCAGCUCAUCACCUGUAUAAAAGACACCUGGGAGCCAGAAAUCUUGCUGAUUGAUAGGGGAUCAAAUACUUAUUUCACUCAUUGACAUUCAAAUCAAUUUAUAACUUUUUUGACAUGUGUUUUUCUGGAUUUUUUUUUUUUUUUUUUGUCUCUCACUGUUAAUUCACCUACUAUUAAAAUUAUAGACUAAUCAUUUCUUUGUCAGUAGGUAAAUGUUUAAAAUCAACAAAUUUACCUUCCCCAGGCACUGUAUGUAUAUUCACCUAUCUCUCUAUGUCUGCAAACGCCUGCACACAUAUGUUACCAAAUUCCCUCACAUAUGUUAUAUUGUUCUAGUAUGUUUCCAUAAUUCAUUUUGCCAAAUGGCCUCAUCAUGCUUUCAUGUAACCCACACAUUGCAAUUUAAAUGUUUAUAUAUUGCUCUUACAUUUACUUUAUUUAUUAUUAUGUUUUAUAAAUGUCUGCAAAUCAUGCAGUUCUAUAGAAUAUAACAGGGUUAUAGACAAAUUAACGUUUAACAUGCAUUACAUUAAAGUUAACAAUAACAUGAGCAGUUAAUACUAAUAUAUAAGGAUAAUGGGCUCUGCUCUUACAGGAAUACAAUGUAAGUGUUGUGAUAUUGCCUCUCACCAUAUAUUCAUGCUGUCCACCCAGAUUGUCGCUCCAUAUGUUGUCAAACUACCCCCACAUUACCCCUCCUUAUCUUGUCAUAUUGCAGUUCACAUUGCCACUCCCUGCAUUGUCAAUUUGUAGUACACGUUGCCUGCCCAUUUGUUGUCAUAUUACCCCCAUUUUACCUCACUCAUGUUGCCAUAGUAUCACCAAGUGAUGUCUCAUUGCUCCAAUAUCACAGUGAGAGACACAUGAAGAGAGAAUCAUGUUUAUGCACAAGGAGACACAGCCACACAAAGAGACACAGUUAGACACACAGACAAAGACACAGUCACUGGGGAAGAUACACAUACACUGUUCAGGAGCCAUGCACAUUUUUGUCCAGACACUCAUACACAGUUAGAUAUACACACGAAAGGACAAAGAGGUGCAGAACUUUGAGCAGGAUCUCUGGGAAUUACUCAGGACCUUAACACACAGAGACACACAUUUACUUUCCAUCAUGUUUGGUUUGUAUCUUUGAUGACUGAAUCUUGCUAUGUUAUGCCACAACACCUGCUGCUGUAUGCAAACUAGGUGCCACAUUUAUUAAAUGGGCCUAGUUUGCAAACAAAAUUGGUGGAACUUCUUCAAAUGGUGUAAAGCACAAUGUAGGGAAAAGUGCUGACUAUCUCUAAAAAAGACAUAUUUUGCAAACAACAUUCUUCUGCAGUAGCAUCACACAUGACAUGCACAAUGUUGGGCAUGAAUGUGUAUCAUUAACCCUCUUAAAUACAUGUAUAUAGUGAUCAAGUAGAGAUUGUAGCCAUAUUAGUCCAGUGAUGUAGAGGUAAAAAACAGAUAAAAUGUGUAUCUUGUAAUACCUUUUUUAUUGGACCAACAGAUUUUUUUAAUGUCUAUGUUCUAUCAAACCUGCGUCUUAUCUGCACUCAUGUCGCUUUAACCCCUGUAUCACAACUCAACUUCGAAUUCUAUGUGCCGUCUUGCUCAGAAAUGCUUCAGACUUGAGAAAGGGAUGUUCUACCGAAAGCUUGUCAUUAAAAAAUUCUGUUAGUCAAUAAAAAAGGUAUUACAAGAUAUGCAUUUUAUCUGUUUUUUACAUGUAUAUGGUGAAAUAGGUAACAAAAAGAAUAAUGCAAUGUAAUGCAAUCAAUCGUUCUAGCAUUGUCAGGAAUUAUGUGUCAUCUAAUGUGAGAAUUUUGUACUUGUUUAUGAAAAAAAAUAUUUCCACCUGCUUUCCUUUUUAAAUUUUUUAAAGAGUGAAUACAUUACUGUGAUUUAUAUAAGUUUAUGCUUUUACUGUAGUUUUAUUGUGUUGUAUUCGUUUUCCAUUAUACAAUGUACCACAAUACCAGAGAUAUUGCAGAUCGUCUUCGUUGUAAAUAAUAUUGGGUCAACACUUUGUUUAGCUUCAUUUGCUCUUGGCAAUCCUAAAGGGGCACUCAGCAUCGAACAAACACUGAAAAAUCCUUAUAUAUUACAUGGAAAGCAAUUAUUUUAACCCAUUAGAAUAGCAGUAGAAAUUAAAGUUUGUGUUAUUUUCAAUAACACAGAUCAUACUCAAGAAAUCCAACUGUUCUUUAACCACUUAAUACUAGCAACAUGUUUACAUAUGGUUUAAUUUGCUUCUUAUUACGACAUGAAAUAUAUCACAAUGGAUCAUCUUGCCUUUUCCUCCACUCCAAUGCUGAAUGUUGCCUAACUGAGAAACACAUUUAUUAUCUAGAGCACUCAUCAGUCCCUUCCAUGCAGAAGGAUUGUAAAUUACAUCAAACCUCUCUUGGCUGCACAAUAGAGUGGUGUCUGGACAAAAAUGUGCGUGGCUCCUGAACAGCUACACCGAGUAGAAGGAUGUAGUGAGGGCUCUAGGCAAUUAAUAGAAAUUAAUGCAGGAUAUAAAAGGUUACACCAUAGUUUGUAAACCAUGCAAGCUAUCUUAAUGCUCAUUAGCUGCGAAGUAAUCCGUUUUGAUAUGUCAUAUAAAAGGUGCAGAGGAAGGCAGCCUGCAUUUUGGAUUUGCAUCGUACUUUUGGGUGGGAUUAGUCUGGUAUGUAAUUUUAGUAUUACUAGACACCAAAUCAUUUUAAAAUGCAGAAUUCACUUUUUCACACCUCCGAAUGCACAUUUGAAAUGCUUUAAGUAGAAUUAGAGGCACUUUAUAUUAAAAUAAUUCCUAUAUUUAAAAAAAAAAAAAAUCAAAGGUAUAUUUAAAUAAGCCCAGUACACUUUUCUGUUUUAUAUUUUUAACAUCACGUCUCUGUGUUUUCUCUUUUAUCUAUGUAGCCGUGUAUUUUUUAAAGUAGACUCAAUAAUUUCACAAUAUUUAAUAUGACUAUGAAUAACAUCCCACAAAAAAAAAAAGAAAACAAACAUAAAUCCCACUACCUGGAACACAAAAAAGAAUUCUUGAUAAAGAAACUUUACUUGUUUUAAGGCAUCAGGAACAUUCAGAAUUGAGCAUUACUUUUGUGAGUUCUUCAGUAUUGACAUAGAUCCGAUUUCUUUGAAGCCUAUCUUACCUUCAUAAAAAACAUGUUCUAAGUAAUGAGGCAAUCAUAUUGUACAACAGGUUAGUAUUUUCCUAAAGGGUUCACUUUUCCUCCUUUGGUCAUAAUUGUGGGAGAAAGAAGACCAAAAUUAGCAAAUAUCUUCCUGUUGUCUACCUGUGUCAUGUAUACUGUGACAUUGUUUUUAGGGAUUUGUUUCCACUUGUCUCUUUCUGGUAUGCAGGUGCACCCUCUGCUUUAUGUUGCCCUAGGGACCUGUUUUAGAUACCUUUUCCCUGUAUGCCUUUAAGAGUAGUGGGAUUAUUCCCCACCCCUAGGUAUCUGUGGGUAGUACAGGAAGUAUCUAUAUACAACAAUGGGAUUAUUCUCUUCCCAGGGGUACUUGUAGGUUAAUAUGUAGAUUUUUUUAUUGUUUGCAUUAUUUGUUAAUAUACAGCUAUAUAGGUUUGUAUGGGCACUCUCUGCACCUUGGUGCAUCAAGGGUGUCAUAGGGACUUCUUUAGGUAUGUUGAUAUUCCCCCGUAUACCCUCUAGAGUAGUGGGAUUAUUUCCCUCUCAUUGGUAUCUGUAGGUAAAUAUAGCUUACCUUCGUAUUAGCUGUAAAUUUAUAUUCCCCAUUGCUUUUUUUCUUCUUUAGUUCAUUGAGUGGUCAGAAGGGUGAACCAAUUGGGGCUUUAGUCAUGUUAUCUAAAACUUCUGCUUUAAGAUUUUGCCUCCUUUAAAUUAACCCACAGCCACCUCUAUUUACCACUCACAUUUGUCAGUCGACGCUUUACGUACCUAUUCUUGUCUAUAAGCAUAUAAUCAUAUAUAUCUAUUUCUUUUAUUUUUUUAGUUUAAUAUAACGUGAAUAAAGUUUUUUCGAUAUUUUUAUUUGUUUUCUGCAGUUUAUUUAGCUGUAUAGAUUUAUCCACCUUAAUAGUUUCAUUUAUACUGUUAGAUUUUACUGUGACAUACAGUAUAAUUUUUCUAUUGAAAAUUUGAAAAUUAAAAUUUACAAGUAAAGUUUUUUUUUUUUAAAGUAUUACUUGUUGGAAGGGGUGCCAUGACCAACCCACCAAUGUGUGUAUCUUGUACAAUGUUCAAAUGCACCUGUUUCAGUAGUAGCCAAUACCUAGUAAUAUAUAUAUAUAUUUUUUAAAUGAAAUAUAUUGUCAGUAUAAGCAGGGCUCAAGUCUAGCACUGCUAGGGUCACUGCAAGCAUGGAGAGUCCAUGGCAGGGUUGAAUUUCUACUAACAGGUACUGAAUUUUCACACACCUAUAGCUAGUGGCAAGUGAAGAGCCCUGAGUAUCAGUUUUGUUUGUAUUUGUACCAUCAGUAUACAUUGUUUAUUGAUCUGUAUGUUUUUAUUUGGUUUAUAACUGAACACAAUUUUUCAACUUACUAUCAAACAGACAUUUUCCUGCUCUCACUGUUUUAUUGUUGCGAUUUGUUUCCAGGUGGGUUAUUCUUUGCCAAGCCUAUGCGAUCAAAAGGCUAUGUAACCAUGUUGGAUCCAUUCCAGCAGGUAUAUGGAAAAAGAAUGGGAGGAUUGCUAUUUAUACCUGCCCUUAUGGGAGAGAUGUUUUGGGCAGGUGCAAUACUGUCUGCUUUAGGUAAGGUGCAUAUUAUUUAUUUGUAAUUAAAUAAAAUAAUAAUAUAUAUCAAGUUCCUUUGGCAUUAAUUAACAUAUGUAUAAUUCCCCCAUGAAGUCAUCUAGACAUGGUUAGUUAAAGGAACGCUCCGGCCCCUAAAGCACUUUAACUUGCUUAAAAUGUUGGUGCGAAGAGAGUGUCCUCUUUUUUUCAUUUUGCACAAAGUGCAGAUUUCAAAGUGACACUUUUAUAAAUUAACCUGAUUAGACCCAUGGCUGUUAAUCAGACAACAGUUCCUGUUACUUCCUGGGUUGUUUAGCUCAGUUUAGCUAAACUCAAGAAGCAGCAAUUGAUCAGAGCACCUACCUUGAAAAGACAUCUCAUUGAGCUGUAUUUGGAAGUCUGUGAUUGGACAGACACACAAAGUCUGCCAGCUGUUUUUAGCUAUACCCUUAAUGAAAAAAAUGUAUAAUAAAAUACAUAAAGGUUUUUUAUUGUGGUUACAUCUACUACACUUCGAUUUUUAUUUAUUUUGUAAUUGGGCAGUGAAGUGUCCCUUUAAUAUCACAAAAGGUACUUUCAAUCUUACUAAAAAAGUGUGCUAUUUAGUCUUUUUUGAAGUAUCAAAUUAAUCCAAAGAUUGUUCCUAACCUAAAGCCAUAAAAAUCUGCAAAAGGUAUAUUUACUGUUGAAAGGCAUAUUUACUUAAUUGUGUUAUGUUGGCAUGAUUUCUGCAAAAUGAAGACUCUUAUAACAUGAUAUUUAUAUCCACCAGCUUGAAAAAUGUAAAUGUUUUAAACUGGACAGCCUCUUCAUAAAGAAAUUGUUAAUGUUAAUUUGGAAACAAGCUUACUCUCAUCUUCAAAACACACUAUCAGAGCUAUUUAAUGGUCCUGGAAUUGAUAAGAAUUGAUUAUGGAAUUGCAAAUUACACGUCAAGUCAAAUUAAGCUAAUCCUCAGUACUAGAGUGUGAUAAAAUUAUGUUAGACCCACCCCAUAAUUUCCUUAUAAACUCCAUCUAGUGAGUGUUAUUCAUACUUAUUAUAUGCUGAAGUAUAGGUGGUAAACAAGGUGGUUCUGACUGCCCUGUGAAGUGUUUUCUGGAGAUGGACUAUUUUGGUGAUAUGAUUUGAUCUUGGCUAGAAUAUUGUAACACCUGAUUUAUGCUGUUUUACAUAUGACAAGUAGUUUUUCCACUUUGAUCUAUGGAAAUGUGACUUUGGCGAGUUAAUUAGAUGACAUCAUAAGGAAGUCAAUGCUUUUUUCAUCACCUCCUUAGAAGUAAGCCCAUUGAUUCUAAGAGCUGGUUUAAUGUCCUUCUGUCCUUGUUUUGCUUUUUCUAUCAUUCCCAACUAGGUUCUUCCCUGUAACAUGUGUUGAUCUCCUUACAGAACCACACAAUUAAAAAUCCUGCUGUUACAAUUGAUUUGUGAAUCCACCCAUGGCCGCCUAAUCUUAUCCUCACUUUGAAUUGCAGAGGUUUAAACAUACAGGAAUGCAGAUCACAUCUACUGCAGGACCUCUGCAUAUGUUGCAUCUCCAUAGCCUUUUUGCAGGAAACCCACUUUAAAGAAGGGGCAGCACCACUGUUGAAAAGUAAACAUUACCCCAGUGCAGCUUGCAGCAACCACCCCACAGCACGUAAGGCUGGAAUGGCUAUACUGUUGGAAGCAAAGCUGCAAUUCCAAGAGAUAGAGAGGAUAACGGAUCAGGGCGGCAGAUAUAUCUUCCUGAAAGGCAAUAUCCAAGAUCACAGAUACACAUUCACAACAAUAUACAUACCUGAUAAUAAUCAAACCCAAUAUGUCCACAAAUACUUUGUAAGCUUUUGUCACUCACUGAGGGAAUCAUGAUUCUUGGAGGUGACUUCAAUGUCCCCUUAAACCCGAUCACUGACUCAUCUAUGGGUCAUAGCAGCAUAGCGCAAAGUGCCUUAUGGAGCAUAUAGAAUUCCCUACAAAAUCUACGACUGGUGGAUUGCUGGAGAUGCACACCAUGGAUAAAGAAUACACUCAUUAUUCGGCAUUCCAUCGGCGAUACUUGAGGAUCGACUACAUAUUUCUUCAACAAGAACAGUUAGCAAACAUAUGAGCAGCGGAGAUAGGUACGGCUAUAUGGUCAGAUCAUGGCCCAGUGACUCUGGAGAUGAACUCACCGAGGACACGACCUGUCACUUGGUCCUGGAGAGUUAACAGCUCCCUCCUAUAAGACUUAGAAAUCAGGGAGAAAGAAUCUGAGGCUCUCACCUCCUACUUCGAGAUGAAUACACCGGGUGAACUCAUGGCAACUACCAUUUGGGAAGCGUCAUCAGGGGAACCCUAAUCUGCUUAGCAUCCAAAAAAAAGAGAGAAUCACAGUGUCAGAUCACCAAACUCAUUGAGAAAAACAUAUCUCGAAACCCAGUGCAAACGAUCCCAACUUGUGGCAACCCACAGAGAACUUUGUCUCAUUAAAAUGUUACACUUAGUUCAGUGUAACGGUUGUUAUGCAUUUAUUUCAUGUUCCACUUUUUGGAGAUUUGGAUGCUGUCUAAUCUGUAGGCAGUUCUCUAUAUUACGGCAGAAGAUUGCAUUUUUUGAAGUCUGAGAUUUGUAAAUUAUCUAGUAAACAAACUGGAACUGCUGCAAAGUCACUGCCGCAGAGACGUACUAGGAAUGGCAGAUGGAUUACUGUAGGAUCUGGUAGACUUAGAGUUGUGGAUAAAAGGCAUAUUGCACAGUAUGUUACUCUACAUAAUUCAUUUUCUGCACUUUCAGAGUGUAAUGGUGUUAUGGAGACAGGCUCAGGCACUUAGGGUAGUGGUGUUGUAGAGACAGGCUCAGGCACUGAGGGUAGUAGUGUUGUGGAGACAGGCUUGGAGACUAUGGUGAGGCCUAAUAGAAAGCAGUUGUUAUUAGGGGAUUCCAUCCUAAGAGGUGUGGAGAUGGACAAUGGUGGUCUUGUGAGAUGUCUUCCCAGAGCUACUGCUCACAGAGACAGGAGAUGUAUUUGUAAUAUUGUUAAAGGACCACUAUAGUGCCAGGAAAACAUACUCGUUUUCCUGGCACUAUAGUGCCCUGAGGGUGCCCCCACCCUCAGGGUCCCCCUCCCGCCCGGCUCUGGGGGAAAAUCACAGUGAGAAGCACGCAAGCGCCUCUAGUGGCUGUCAAUGAGACAGCCACUAGAGGAAAUAGGGGGAAGGCUUAACCCAUUCAUAAACAUAGCAGUUUCUCUGAAACUGCUAUGUUUAUAAAAAAAAUGGGUUAACCCUAGAAGGACCAGGCACCCAGACCACUUCAUUCAGCUGAAGUGGUCUGGGUGCCUAGAGUGGUCCUUUAAGCGAGCAAAGGAGGAAGGGGAAUUGGAUGUACUUGUCCAUCUAGGGACAAAUGACUUGGCUUGCAGUGAGGUUUCAGAGGUUAAGGAGGUUUUUAGUGUUUUUGCCAAUGACAUACGGCAGGUUGCUUCCACACUGUCAUUCUCUGAAGUUCUGCCUGUGCAUAACACUCAGAACGACAGGUGGAUGCGUAUUAGGGACUUUAACUUGUGGCUUGGUGGAUAGUGUCGGGAGCAAGGAUUUGGCUUUAUUUCUCAUGGUAGCUCUGUUUGAAAUAAACUGUAUAAAAAAGAUGGUUUGUAUCUUUCUCAAAAGGGCAAAAAUGUUCUCAGAGAGCAGUUCAGAGGUUUUGCUAGGAUGUAUUUAAACUAGGAGGGGGGGGCAAAAUGGUGAUAAAACAUCAAUCCAAUUGCCCCCCAAAACAAGGGCAGAAUGUGCCUUUAGCAAGUGUGUUAAAACAUUACAAGCUUCGAGUCAUGUCUACAAAUGCUUGCAGUUUAGGGAAUAAGAUCCAUGAACUUGUGGCAAUAAUGGAAACUGAUAAUGUAGAUUUAGUCGCUGUUACUGAGACAUGGUAUAAUGAGAAAAAUGACUGGGACAUAGCAAUACCAGGAUACUCUUUAUAUAGAAAAGACAGGGAAGGCAAGAAAGGGGGAGGGGUGGCCCUGUAUGUGAAGGAUAGCAUAAAAUCUAGCCUAAUAAAAGUUAGUGAGGCGAACAUAGAGUCCGUUUGGGUUAUGUUAGAAUUUGGUAAUCACACAGUAACUCGUGUAGUUGUGAUUUAUAGGCCCCCAGGACAAAUAGAAGAGUUAGAUAAUCUACUAGUUGAGGAAAUAGCUAAAAUGACAAUGAAGGGGGAAGUUAUCAUCAUGGUGACUUUAAUCCUCAUGAUGUGAAUUGGAAAACUAAAUUAGCUGCUUGUGCCAGAAGCACAAAUAUUCUAAACUCCGUACUGGGAUUGUCUCUAAAACAAGAUGUUGAGGAGCCAACUCGUAAAGAGGCCAUACUGUUUUAGUGUUAACAAAUGGAGAUUUGGUAUCAGAUAUUACUAUAGGUGAAAGUUUAGGAUCCAGUGAUCAUCAGUCAGUGUGGUUUAAUAUAAGAACAGUGACUGAGUCACACCACACAAAAACAAAAGUAGAAUAUGUGUAAAGAGUCAUUAUUAAAUUGGAGCAAUUUAAAUUGAGUCCAAGAGAAAUCGGAUUAUUUAAAAGUUGCACUGCUGAAGGCAACAGAAAAUUGCAUUAGGUUUGUCAGUAAAAGCAAAAAAAAAAGCAAAAAAAUCAAGAAACCACUGUGGUACUCCGCAGAUGUGGCCAAAAUAGUAAAAAACAAAAAGUUAGCAUUUAGUAAUUAUUAAAAAAAACAGAGUGAGGAAGACAGAAUGCUCUAUAAGAUUAGGCAGAAAGAGGCUAAGCAAGUUAUAAGAGCUUCCAAAUUACACACAGAAGAGAAAAUAGCACAGUCAAUAAAAAAAAGGGGACAAAACUGUUUAAGAUACAUAAAUGAGAAAAGGAAAGUAGAACAAGGAUUAGUUAGAUUAAAAACAAAAGAAGGAAGGUAUGUAGAAGAGGAUAAAGGUCUAGCUGACUGCCUCAAUGAAUAUUUUUGUUCAGUAUUUACAGAGGAAAAUGAAGGAAAGGGACGUCAAUUAGGAAAAAGGACAAAUGAGUCAUUUAAUACAUGAGAGUUUACAGAGGAAGAGGUUCUAUUUCAACUGUCAAAAGUAAAGACAAAUAAGUCAAUGGGACCUGAUGGAAUACACCCAAAGUUAUUAAAAGAGCUACUAGCAAAACCAUUAACAGAUGUAUUUAACCAAUCAUUGUUAACAGGAGUAGUCCCAAAAGAUUGGAAGUUAGGGAAUGUUGUGCCCAUUCACAAGAAAGGUAGUAGGGAGGAGUCGGGUAACUAUAGGCCAGUAAGCCUUACUUCAGUAGUGGGGAAAGUAGUGGAAACCAUGUUAAAGGAUAGGAUUGUUGAACAUCUAAAAACACAUGGAUUUCAAGAGCAGAGACAACAUGGGUUUACUUCAGGGAGAUCAUGCCAAACUAAUCUUAUUCAUUUUUUUGAUUGGGUAACUAAAAUAAUAGAUCAUAGAGGUGCAGUAGACAUUGCUUACCUAGAUUUCAGUAAGGCUUUUGACACUGUUGCACAUAGAAGGCUUAUCAAUAAAUUGCAAUCUUUAAGUUUGGAUUCCAAUAUUGUUGAGUGGGUAAGGCAGUGGCUGAGUGACAGGCAGCAGAGGGUUGUAGUCAAUGGAGUAUAUUCGAAGCUUGGGCUUGUCACCAGUGGGGUACCUCAAGCAUCUGUACUUUGACGGCGCUCUAUAAAUAUCAUAAUAAUAAUAAUAGAAAGAGGGAAGUGCUCAUGCCAUUGUACAGAACACUGAUGAGACCUCCCUUGGAGUAUUGUACACACUACUGGAGACCGUAUCUUCAGAAGGAUAUUGAUACUUUAGAGAGAGUUCAGAGAAGGGCUACUAAACUGGUUCAUGGAUUGCAGGAUACAACUUACCAGGAAAGGUUAAAGGAUCUUCACAUGUAUAGCUUGGAGGAAAGACGAGACAGGGGGAUAUGAUAGAAACAUUUAAAUACAUAAAGGGAAUCAACACAGUAAAGGAGGAGACCAUAUUUAAAAGAAGAAAAACUACCACAACAAGAGGACAUUUUCUUUAAUUAGAGGGACAAAGGUUUAAAAAUAAUAUCAAGAAGUAUUACUUUACUGAGAGGGUAGUGGAUGCAUGGAAUAGCCUUCCAGCCAAAGUGGAAGAGGUUAACACAGUAAAGGAGUUUAAGGAUGAGUGGGAUAGGCAUAAGGCUAUCCUAAUUAUAAGAUAAGGCUAAGGGACUAAUGAAAGUGUGACAGAUUAAUCUGUAUUGCUGGUUCGUCUGUUACCCUUUGUUUUCGCUGGAUUUCCUGUCCGUAUGCUCCUGUUCGUGUGAUUACAAAAUACCGAUUGAAACUACCGAACGAACGACCACCCAGGAGAGGAGUGUGCUGCUGGUUAACCUCUUGGCCCCAAUUAGAACGUUGUGGUUAACCGCAGACACCUCUCCAUUCCAUUCGUACGGGUGGUCGUCGUUCGCAUGCCGACCAUGAGGCGGCGGCCAUUUUGGGACACGAGGAAGCAUAGCGGUGUUCAGUACAAAUUCUAUGGAACUAAAAACGGACACUUUAAUCUACCGAACACCGCUGGCAGCUGCUGCCCACCUUCUAUUUCGGCGAGGCGCACGAACGCCGGUCUGUUUGGGAGUUUUAUACAUUCGUAUGGACCUUUACCCAGAUAGCCGUCCCAUGGAGUCAUUCGUGUACCGAAGGACUGGUGAAAGACUUUGACUCCAUGGCGAUUCGACUAGAUACAUCGGAUCGGAGCGCUAUUCGGUAGAAAUAUGCACUCAGAUCCAGGCUGUCUGGGGAUACGUUACACGAACUAUAUUCAUUCGGUAUUUCUUCAGUUAUAUAUUUUAAUGUAUUUUCCUUACUGUAUUUUAAAAUGGCGAUUGUCUCUAUCCUGGGAGAUAAUUAGGUUUCUUCCUAAUUAUCUCUGGGGUAGAAAAGAAGGGUUUAUGGGUAAAAUGGGAAGAGCUUAUAUUGAAGCCACUGCGAUUGGCUACUGUCCAAUAUGUUUUACAGUCUUCCACAAGGUCCCCUCGGGGAGUGUCCACCUUGUGGAGACCUGCAUAAAUACCGGGCAGGUAGCCCCCAUUAAACAGAUCCUGAUUUGACCCUCAAGACGGAGCUUGGUCUCGUUUGUGGGGGAAUUAUUACUGGGACAGCGCUUUCGUUAUUUCUAGCUGUGGAAGGCGUUCGACUGUUUUGCUGAUCGGGAGUUGCCGUGUUCGUGAACUUCGUUCGGGAGUUUGGCGGUCGGCUGGAUAGAAACUGCAUUUCUGGAGAGGGGGAUUAUUCACUAAACGGCGGCUUCAUCUACCUGGCGGUGAGUGUCGUAACAUAAAGUAUUUAGAAAAUUGGGCAGACUAGAUGGGCCGAAUAGUUUUUAUCUGCCGUCACAAUCUAUUUUUCUAUGUUUCUACUGGAGGUAGGUUGGCAAUUCCACACACUUCUAGCCCAUAGAUAUUUCUGCUCUGUGCAACGGUCGAAAAGCCUUUUUCUGCCAACAUGCUAAUAAAAGAAAGACUUCGACCAGGCGAGGCAGAGACAUUGGACUUGCUCAUCACAGAGGAAGAGGUGGCAGCAGCGAUCAAAACCGGGCAAGCCCCAGGGCCAGAUGGCUUUUCCCUGGACUACUUCAAGAAGUUUCGUCACAUAUUACUUCCUAAAUUAACCCAGGUCCUUAACGCUCUCACAACGGAAAAUAGCUUCCACCCCGAAUCACUCGCUGCCACUAUAACUGUCCUUCCAAAACCGGAUAGGGAUCCUGAACUUUGUGGCAGCUACAGAUCGAUAUAUCUGCUCAAUGUGGAUGUCAAACUGUUCACUAAGAUCUUGACUAAUAGGAUCGGGAAAUUGUUACCGAGGAUCGUACACACGGAUCAAAAAGGAUUUAUACCGGUUAGGGAGGCUAAGGAUAGCACUCUACAGGCACUGUCAAUCCAACACCUAGUGAGGCGAUUAGGAGAACAAAUUCUCCUCUUAUUGACCGAAGCUAAGAAAGCAUUCAACUGGGUUAACUGGUCCUUCUUUAUGGCCACACUGCAGGAGAUGGGAUUCGGUUGUAACAUGCUGAAAUGGAUAAGUGCACUCUAUAGUUGCCCCAGCGCCAAAGUACGAGUAAACGGUGCUCUCACGGAUGCUUUUCAGAUACGGAAUGGUGCAAGGCAAGGAUGCCCACUAUCCCAAAUGCUAUUUGCACUAAUCCUGGAGCCAUUCUUGGAAGCCGUACGGAAGUUUGAUCAUGUUAAAGGUUUUACUUGGAAGGCCAACACCCAUAAGGUGGCUGCUUAUGUGGACGAUCUACUCUCCUUCAUAAAGGAUCCCAAGACAAUUCUACCUCACCUAGUGGACCUGUUCAAGACAUAUGGCAAAAUCUUGGGAUUCAAAUUAAAUAUGUCCAAAUGUGAGGUACUCAACAUCACGGUCCCAGUAACAGAAAAUGAUACCCUGCGACACUAGUUCCCAUUCCAAUGGUGCACUUAUGAAAUAUCUAGGUUUUCACUAGUUACCACAGUGACCCAUACCAAAUAAAUGUUAUACCUCUCUUACACCGCAUAAGAAUUAUUUGAAGAAAUAGUCUUACCCUCAUAUAUCCUGGUUUAGGAGAAUUGCAGUUCUAUAAAUGAAUGUGCUACCUAGACUUCUUAAUCUAUACAAACAUAUACUCCCCCUUGCCCUUCCUAUAGCCUACUUCGCGUCUCUACGAUCUUCUAGGAUACAGUACAUGUGGAAUGGAGACCAGGCAAGCCUCCACCAUGAAAUACAAUGCCUCCCGAGAGCCUCUGGGGGCCUUGGACUCCCAGACUUACAUAAAUACCACCACGCAACUGUCAAACAAAGAAUAUUAGAAUUGGAACAUCCACCGGUUCACAAACAAUGGAUUGAACUUGAUAAGUGUCACCUUCGACCAUUCCUACUUACGGCAGUGUGGAACUCAAAAAGGCCUACACAGACAGAUCUGAAUUUGACCUCUCCAGUGACACAAAUGUUAAGGACAUGGGACAGCAUCUAUCCACACCACACCACACCGAGCCCAAGGAUUCAGAUACAACAUAAUGUUCAACUAGGUGGUGGACUACUGCCUAGAACAUGGGAAUUCUUGGGCGUCGGUGGCGAUUCACUUCCAAUCCAUAAGCUCUUGAACAACACAGGCCUGAUACCACUGCUGGAAAUGACUGGAGGGAAUCCACCAUCGAAACUGCAAACAUUUAGGUACACACAAAUCAGAUAUUUCUACCAAUGUAACAUACCCAAUGUCUGCUGGAGAUGCGGAGUGGGACCGGGAACAGUAACGCAUAUAUGGUGGGAAUGCCCAAACAUAGAGCAAUUCUUGGAUGAAGUGAAGCUGAAGGUGGUAGAGAUUCUUGGCGACACGGGAUGUCUAGAUAUGGAGACAGUCCUACUACACUCCACACAGUUAAACAUCACAUCAAAAAAUCGAUCCUUUGACAUCUACUAAACGCAGCCAAAUCCUUGAUUCAAUUGAACUGGAAGCAAGAUACGACCCCUACGAUGGGACAAUGGAUGGACAGGUUGGAGGAGAUAUACAUGGCAGAGUCUCUCCAAGUCUCCCUGAUUAUUUGUUAAUAAUUGAAGAGAAACAUGUGGCGCGCUGGUGACUGUGGCUGUGGCUGGCUUAGGUUGACAUGAGGAACAUUGGGGAGUGGGAGGGGGAGCACAGUCCUAGAAAGUAGUGAUGGAUCAAUCACAUUUCCCUCUGAUUCACUUCCAUAUAAGAAGAUCUCCUUGUACCCUAUUUUCCAUAUCUCUUAUUCCAUAUUACAAGAUACAUUAUGAUGCUCACUUCCCUCUACUUUAAUCGCUGUCUCUUUCCCUCUUCUUUUUUUUUUUUAUAUAUACAAAUGUUGCUUAGCAUGAAGGGGGUGUGUGGAUUUUUUUAUUUUACUCAUUGACACGUGGCUGUCAGAUUCUCCACUCACCAAACGAUACAUAUUGUUUGAUUGAUAUAAUAUAUACCUUUGAGUCAUUCCCCUCAAGUUAUUGUUAGUUCACAUGCAUACAGCCUAUCCCCUAACUUGUAAAAUGGGUAAUUUGCUGUUCUUUCUUGAUCAUAAGAUUCACACUUUCUGUUGCUAAACCAUGAUGUACAAACAUGCUGGAAAUCUAUUUGUAAGAAUGUUAUCGAUCACUUUCUGGUCUUAUCAUAUGGCCUGCUGGACUUGCGUGUCCCCUCCACUUGAAACACCUUUGUCACAUGUAUAUGCUCAUUGUGGUUAUACUCAAUAGAAAGCUUUGAUUCUUAAAAAAAAAAAAAGGAAAGGUAAGGUAAGCACUUUCAAUUUUAGAAGUAGUUUUUUACUGAAUGCUAGUUAUUCCCAGUUACACUAAUAUUUGUUGAUGUUGCCUAUUAGAAUUAGCAAUUUCAUGGAGCACUGCGUAUCCCCUGAUUUCUAAUUAUUAUGGGAUCGUUUUAAAUGUUUAGAGAAAAGGGGCAUUCCUUUGACACUUGAGAGAGAGGUGAUUCAUAGAUAUUUUUUUUUCAUGGUUUGGCUGCUGUGACAGCUGUCCUUGGUUUAGCAUGUUUUCUGAUGAACUCUGAUCAUUUAUAUUUAUUGUGUAUGAAAAGUUCACCAGCUGUCAGCACUGAACCUUAUUUUUCCCUAACAUUACCUGUGAUUGGCUGUUUGACAGAUGGCUCUGUUAGUUGACUGGAAUGAAACAAGUCAGUUUUAUACAGAGUAUUGCAUGGGUAGCUGUACUAGAAGAAUCUAUAACAUUGCUCACAGUCUGCUGGAUAAUAAACAAUUUUUUUUGUGGGGGAUUUCAAAUUGCCCUCCAGUUGAGGAACUGCACAGUACGUGUGCAUGAAUGAUUAAUGUUUUAAGUACUUAGUUUAUUAUAACGCCCUAUAAUUCACUCACAGUGUGUACCCCCAAUUAAAGGGAAUGCUAAUCAGUUUAGUACUUAGUUACCCCUGUAUGAAAGACACUUUUAUUUGAUUCAAGUGAAUUUCCUCUAGGUAGCCUGGCCUGUCUCUCCUACCUCGGGCCAGACUUCAUUUGUUCUAAUAAACAUAAUUUGCUCUAAUUUCCAACUGUGUUCUGAUUAAACGUGAAACAGUAGGCAGCUUGUUUACUCUACGUGCACGUGAUAAGUCACAGAUAUUUCCCUCUUAUAUUUAUGUAAUGUUGGAGGAUUUAAAAAUGUAUUGGCUUCAAAAACACAUAUACACAAAUACAUAAACAUACAAAUAAAUAAUAGAGCAAACAGCCUCCUUUUCUUAUGCUUUUGUUGGCCAGACACUGCCCUUCUUAAACAUUCUAAAAGUGUCUAAUGUAAGUCAGUCUUCAUUCAUCACAUCACAUUCAAGACUUCCAUGUACUUAUAUCACCUAAUUCAGCUAAGUAAGGGAUACACGUUUGUCUUUUUCCAUGAGAUCUCAAUCCAUUUCCACAUACCUUAAAUAAAACAAAUGAAUAACACUUUAGACUUGUUAAAAAAACCACUACAAUAGGUCUCAAUAGAAAUCAAUCAAACAACCAAAUAGUCAGUUAAUCACUAAAAGGUACAAGAAGCUACCUCGUAAUCAGUGCAAGUAUGAUACAGUUAAGAAAUAGCAGAAACACUGCACAAAAUGUCCACAAACAAAGAUGCAGCCAUGAAACUGCUUACUUGACACCUAUGUUAUUUACAAAGGUGGGAGGUGUAUAAAAUGUAAGAUGGGGAUCCCAUGAUACAUCACUAUUAUGGGGACGCUUAAUGUGGCCACUUUAUCGCCAUACUCUCUGUGUUCUUGGCCAGGGGAGAACUGGUUAUAUAUGUGACCAGGGGGACAACUACAAACAAAUAGAACUUUGUCUAAUAAUAAAAUAAUAUAGUUAAUAAUGUAGUAUUGUGAUGUGAGGCACCAGCCCCCAAUCUUCUCUAUAUUAGUGACCCAUGGGGCAAUAUAGCCAACCUUUCUCUGAUCUUGGCCUAUUAAAUAUGGCACGCACAAGUCAAGUGGCUAAAAGACUCCGUGUACUGGACACACCAAAUUCCCACUAAAAAGAACAAUGCCCAACUUUGUAAAGAAAUGUUGGUGAAGAGAGUUUUCUUCUCUAAUGAUGUCCUAUUAAAAAUAAUUUUUCACUACUAUGAAAUCCAGAGUUGUCACUAGAGUUCAUGUUUGCAUAUAUCAAAUGAUGUUUAAUAUUUGCUUUUAUAUAUAUAUUUGAUUAUACGAUUAAGACCUUCAUCACUAACAUUUGCUGUGAACUAAAGAAUGAAUACCAUAUAAAGACAUUUUAAUAACUGAGAAUCAUAUUUUCCUUUUAGGUGCUACUAUAAGCGUGAUAGUGGAUAUUAAUAUUAAUAUAUCAGUGAUAGUGUCAGCUUUAAUUGCAACUUUUUACACUCUUGUUGGAGGACUUUACUCCGUGGCCUAUACAGAUGUUGUUCAACUGUUCUGCAUCUUUCUUGGAUUGGUGAGUAAAUUAUCUGAAAGAACAUACUUUUAUUGCAAAAUAUAUAUGUCUGGGAAAUAAUCCCCACUAGAUAGAAGAAAAAAAGUGUAAUUUAAAUUGAAACAAAAAUGUGUCAUGAUAUUGAUAUUAAAUGAUGUAACUCCUGAAACUAAUUUCAAUAUAUAUUGAGUUUUUUUUUUUAGCUGUGAGUUAAUAUGUAUUAACUUCCACUUAUAAUUUUGGAGAAGAAAAGUAUUCUGUUUAACAGUUCUUAGAUAUCCAGAGAGCUUUACAAAGUAUAGAACUUUGCCAUGGGGCUUUAAUCUAUCAUUUGCAGUGCUUUUAUACAUAGAACUAUGUAAGACAGCCCCGUGGGCUUUCAAUCUAAAAUGACAAUAUGCAGUGGGUCAAAGCGUAGCAAAGGGGAACCUACCGGUUAAAGCAGUUGAGGUGAGGGCACACGAGGAGGUGCUGAAUUAGUUAGCAGAUUAAUAAUGAUUAGCUAAUGGUGAUUUCACACAGAUGGAGAAUAAAAGUUUAUAAAUUAAUUUUGAGACACGUGUUGGUAGUAUAGAGUGGAGGUCAAUUUUAUAGUACCAAUAUAAGUUUUUUGGGGGGUGCAGGCCUGGAAACCACAAAGGAAAAUAGAAAUGAAGUCCUUGAUAAUCAGUCUGUCGCUGCACUGAAAGGAUUUGUUAUGAUGACAAAAAGUUUAAUAUAUGCAUAUUGCAAGUUGUUAAUUAAUGCAUGCAACAGUAAGAAAACAAUACACAAAAUGUAAUUGUGUCAUCAUACCAGUACCUUUUCAUUCGGUCCCGAAGGCAGGCUGAUUUUCAUAAAUCCUUUUGGUGAGAUGAGUCAUAAUGUAACAAUUUGUCUUUCUUGGAUUCUUGUAGUUCCCUUUUUAGUUUAAGUUUAAAAUAAAGGUGGCAUUUUAUUGCACAGAGAAUGGAUAGGUUUGGUGUGCUUAUACUCCAUCUGCCCACUCCUUCUUUGGUUCAUUCAUUACGGUGAUUGUUCUCCAUAAAGUGAUUGGAUUCACGCCUCAAAUGGAUUUCCUUAUUUGUUUCCAUUUGUUGCAGUCACCUUGAGUUGUGAUUACAUUUGUUACGUCAUAUCUCUUUGUAAUAAAUGAAUCUGGAGCUGGGCUAGGGUGAUUUUAUUACAGAAUAAUACUGUGAGCAUCUUCGAAGGGUAAUACUUUACAAAAUCUAAAUACAAACGUCAAUUAAAGACUGUAUUAUUUUUCUUUAAAAACUAUUACCAUAUUUGAUAUGGGUUUGUAUACCUUGAGUAAAGCAUCAUCUGACAUUUCCAUUUCAUUAAUCCAUCAAAACAAUAUUCCCAACUGAGUAAUAUCAUUUUCAUUUCCCCAAACUAUAGUAAUUUAGCUAGGAUUACCAUAUGGAGAUUAGCACUUUAAGAAUGCAUCAACGUGUUGUUAUACUGUAUAGGAUAUACCAGUAGUUCCCAAUCCUACACUAACAGUUCAUGAUUCACCAGUUUUCUAUUUCUGUUCUAAAGGGAAAACAUUGGGCUGUUGGUGUGCCCUGAUGACUGUGUUUGGUACCUCUGUUGUUAAAAAAAAAGGGCAUGGCCGAGUAUGUUCUUUUUUCAAAGAUAUGUGUCCAGAUAUGUUUAUGUAUACUUUUGUAUAGGAGUGCAUGUGUUUGUGUGUGUAGUAUGUUUGUGUUACUGCAUGUUAGUAUGUAUGUUUUCAUAUGGGUAUGCAUGCAGUUUAGUAUCUGUGUAUCAGGUGUAAUUUGUUUGUGGAUAUAUUAAUAAAUAUAUAGGUAUGCAUUCAGAUUAUUGUGUAAGUAAAUGUAUGUUGGCAUGCCCAAUCAUCUUUUGUCUUCCAAUUUAGAAUAUCAGAUGUAUAAUUUUAAUUUUAAGUCAAGUGAUAUUAAAUUGUAAGCUCACAUGUUACAGAAGUAUUUGUAGGAUAGUUAGAGGAUAAGAGAAAAAAGAUUGGAUUCUGCCAGCCUGCAGCACAGGCAGAAGGGAAACUCAAGUGCAUAAAAUAUUAGUAACUCUCUAUAUCUUAAAUUGUGCUCUGUAGCAUUUAACUGCUAUAUAUACAUAUAUAAUACCCCCAUUCUUUGUGAACGUUCCAGCCCCCAUCCUUGAGGAUGGCAUCCUUUACUUGGUCGUGUCUAUUCUCUGAAGACUUCCUUAUUUGCAGCUGACCUUUCAUCCUCAAGCACACUUGAAAGGCUAGAAACACAAAGGUGUACCCUACAUGAUCGCAUCCUCCAUUUCAUACCAACCGCUAAUUAUUUUAGAGGAAUCUAUAACGCAACCAUGUACAUCUGUACAGCUAAUAAAGCUGAAAGACUGUGUUACCCAGCUUGCCUGCUGCCAGCAAUUAUAAUUACUGAAAUGUUGGCCAACCAGUUUAAUAAGAUGGUGCCUUUUUAUCCUUUAGUAGUUGUUCAUAAAAAUAAAUACUUGCAGCUUUAAAAUUUUCACAACAUGCUAUUGAAUAAGAAUCAUAGUUAUUUAAUUGUUUUACACUUCUAGCAUAAACACACCUUAAAUGGAAGUGACAUUUUUUAUAAGUUUCAUUACAAAUCAGAAAACAUGUCUGCAUUGUAUUUUAACAAUGCCUUUUAAAGAGCACGGUGUGCCCUUCAGUUUAAUAACAUUUCCUGCUUGGUGUAUUGAUGAAUGGCAUUCUAGUUUAUCAAUUUAUCUUCUAGUGGAUCAGCGUACCUUUCGCAAUAACACAUCCUGCUGUUACAGACAUCACAGUGACAGCCGUUACAAAAGUCUACAAGGAACCAUGGUUAGGCAGCAUACAGUCUGCUGAUAUUUGGUCUUGGUUGGACAGUUUCUUGUUACUGGUAAGCAAUGCUACAGUCAUGUAAGUCUUUUUCAAUGUUUUAUGUAUUUACUGGUAUACCUAGGUCUAUAUGGUUCUGGGCACUCCCUGUCUCCACUACUGAUGACGGAGAGUUAGUUCUCUGUCUCAACUAAGUCCUUCUCUCAGUCAAUGAUCUAACCCUGCAUUAGUGAAUUUAGCUCAGGAGACUAAUUGAAGCUCCUGCUUAGGAGACAUGGGGUGGAACCUGGUGGAUUCAAAAUGUUCUAAAUUGGUUUCACUCCUUGCAGUGAUUAUGGUGCCAGAGCACUCCUGGCAUCAUAACCACACCAGUAAGCUAUAGUGGUGCAUGGAGUUCCCUAUACAAUUGGCCAUGAUGCCAACAAGCAAUAUAUAUGGAGGUAUGUGUGGUGCAACGUUAGAAUAUGAGCUGUCCAUGGUCCUGUUCUUGUUCAGAUUACAAUAUAUUUCACACAAUUAAGUUGUUUAUCUUUAUUUAUUUCAGCAAAGUCAGGAAUCACUGCCUCUGUCAGAAUUAGAUAGAUUAGAUAGAUUGAUAGAUAGAUAGAGACAACUGAGGUCUUUAUAAGCUUGAUAAAGACCUCACUUGAGGUUGAAACAUUGAUGUGUUUCCCCAAUAAAUCUGCUUAAUGUUCAACCUUGAAUACCUGGACCAUUUUGUUCUUUUACUUACCAAUUGACUAAGAUUUAGCCCACGUCAGGUCCAGUUAAGCACCUAGGAUUGGAAGAGAGUGUGGUUAGAAUGUAUACUGUAUAACAUGUAAACUGCUUUCUACUUGAAUCCAAACACAUAUUUGAAAUAUCCUGUCUGCCUCAUAACCUCUUCUGUAGCUAGCAUCUACACUAUCAAAAAUUAUGCUUAGUUCCUCAUAGUCCUGUUGACAGUUGGUCCAUUUAAAUAUGUACCAAAAUCUUAUGACAAUAUUUUAUUAUUUGUGUUUUCAAGGAUAUUAAUGGGGGGAAAAAAACAAAAUCAAUCGCUUCUUCCUGUUUCUAAACAUAUACAUAUAUUUGCAGAUACUAGGAGGUAUCCCUUGGCAAGCCUAUUUUCAGCGAGUCUUGUCUGCUUCUUCUGCUACAUAUGCUCAAGUGCUCUCCAUCUUGGCUGCAUUUGGCUGCUUGGUGAUGGCUGUUCCGUCUAUUCUCAUUGGAGCAAUAGGAGCUUCAACAGGUAUGUAAACAUCUUAGUUUGCAUUGUUUUAUCUCUGUUUAAUUUGUGGUCUGUCUUAAUUUCUCCAUAGACCAUAAUAUAACAUUUAAAACACAGUGGUUAAAGCUGACAUAUAUUAAAAUGCAGUUAUUCAUACUGUAAAACAUACCUUCACUCUCUGAGCAGCUGGUAGGAUCAAAUGCUACGACUAUGUUAUUAUGUCUAAAGCCAGAUUCACAGAGGAGUAAAAUGUUACUGAAUCUAUCUAUACUGAUUGAAGAAUAAACUUUUGAUCACCUUACUAGAGUUGCAUGGGUCUCUUUUUUCUAUAUUUAUUUGUCUAAUUUUUAAUGAAGAGUUUGUCCUAUGCUUAAAAUAUUUUAAGAAAACAGAUAUUUACUGUUAACACAUGAUUAACACCAAACUACAGGACACAACACUUUUGACAUUAUCUCAUCAGUAAUAGACGAAUUCAAUAGAUAGACAGAAUGUUACCAGUAAUCUGACUUUCCAAAGUACACACUUUUAUUGCUAUCUGUUACUCCAAUUAAACCAGCUGUUACUUGGAAUGCUAACAUGCGAGGAAGGAGAUGUAACAUUUUGAAUAUUGAUUAUGAUCACUAGUCUAAUACUAUCCUUACGUUUUUGUGUCAUUUUACCCCACUCCCUCUAGCAUGUAAGCUCAUUGAGCAGGGCCCUCAACCCCUCUGUUCCUGUGUGUCCAACUUGUCUGGUUACAACUACAUGUCUGUUCGUCCACCCAUUGUAAAGCGCUGCGGAAUCUGACGGCGCUCUAUAAAUAUCAUCAUAAUAAUAAUAAUUAUUAUUAUUUGCAGACUGGAACCAGACAGAUUAUGGUUUACCUGACCCACAGUCCAGAAAUGAAACAGAUAUGAUCUUACCAAUUGUACUUCAGUACCUAUGCCCUGCAUACAUUUCAUUUUUUGGCCUUGGCGCUGUGUCAGCAGCUGUGAUGUCAUCAGCAGAUUCCUCCAUUUUAUCUGCAAGUUCUAUGUUUGCCAGGAAUAUCUAUCAGCUGUCAUUUAGACAAAAUGUAAGUAUUUUUGCUAAUGUCUUAUUUUGGUAAUGUAUUUUUUUAUAUGACUUUGAACAUACACGUAUGUUAGUUCAAAUUUUAUUUAACUCAUGUUUUAGAUAACAUUGAUUGUUAUUGAGAAAAAAAAAACUAAUUUCUAAUAAACAAAAAGAAAAGUAAUUCAAUAUUGCCAACACGUUGAUAGCAGUAUCUUAGAGAAAUGCACUAAAACACUUAUCAUACAAAUCAGCUCUCACAGUGAUGGAACAUGUCUAUACAGUAUGGGUUUGCAAUACAAAUAAUUGUAUUAAAUACACAUUGAUAAAUGCACACUCAAUGAGAAAAAAAACAUAUCAAAAUCAGCAAUUCAUUGUCAUUAUAAAGGAUGAUACUUUCCUUAAAAUAAAAACUGGGCUGAAUAUGAUUUGGUACAAACACUUUAAGAGUCCAUAUGUUAUAAAAAGGAGCUAAAAAUAACAUUUACAGAAAUUUGCAAUAUGAAAAAAUAGAAUAAAAAUUUUUAAUCUUAAGAUAUGUAAAUAUUUGAAUGUCUUCCCCUCAAAGAGGCCGUUACUAGUUAUUGAUUGUGUGUAAGGUAAGAAAAAACAAGGCAAUAUUUUAUAGUUUGCAAGGCCAUUAGUUGUUUAUUUUAAGAAUUAAAGAACCAUUUUAUUUCCAUUGUGUGUUUGGGGAAUUGGGAGGCCAAGGCAACACAUUGAACUAUGUGUCAUGUUCUUCAAACCACUCCUGAACUAUUUUUGCAGUGUGGCACGGUGCAUUAUUCUCCUGAAAGAGACCUCCGCUGUCAGGGAAUACCCAGGGGUGUACAUCUCUAGUUAGGUGAUACAUAUCAAAGUAAUAUCCAUAUGAAUAGGAUCUAAGGUUUCCCAGCAGAACACUGCCUCUGCCAGGCUGCCUUCUUCCCAUAGUGCAUCCUGCUGCCAUCUCUUCCCCAGGCAAACUACGUACAUGCACCCGACCAUCUACUUUAUUCAAAAGAAAACAUGAUUCAUCAGACCGGGCAACCUUCUUCCAUGGCAAUAAAAACAAGAAAGGAAAAUGCAGGUUGCACCAAUUGACAAACAUAUAUUAAGUAUUAUAGACAAUUUUGCAGAAUAUUCCAAAUGGACAUAGUCCACAAUUUUCUCUAUUAUAAUAAUUUUGCUUCAGCCUACAACAUGCUGUAGUUUAAAUAGCAGGCAGUGGUAUAAUUCCACUUGUGGAGUUGUACUUCUUGUGAGUGACAGACAAUGGUGACCAGUGGUAAAACAUGUAAUGAUUCUCAAGUAAAGGAAAGGAAAAAAAGGACAAUAGUGUAAUUUUGUAAAUUGACAUGUAAUAUAUAAGAAAUACACUAACAAAGAAGGAGCUUGCAUCAUAAGCUCAGUAUGUUAGGCAGAUGGUGGCACAAUGCCCACCAUUUGGAUAUCAGUUGGUCUGAUAUCCAUACCAUAAUUCAGAGCAACUGAAAUCCAUAUGGUGGGGAUUGUACCAUUAUCUGCCUGGCAUAUUGAGUUUAUGACGCAAGUUUCUUCUUUGUGAGUGUGCUUCUUAUUUAUUAGGUGUCUUACAUUGAUUUACAAUAUCACACUAUUUACUGCUUUUGGUUGUCACUCACAAGACAUACUGAUUCACCAGUGGAAUUAUACCAUUGCUUGCUAUUUAAGCAAGAGCUCUGGAAAAUGUAAGUGGGCAUUCACAUAUUAUUAUUAUUAUUAUUAUUAUUAUUGCCAUUUAUAUAGCGCCAACAGAUUCCGUAGCACUUUACAAUAUUAUGAAAGGGGAUUUAACUAUAAAUAGGACAAUUACAAAUAAACUUACAGGAACAAUAGGUUGAAGAGGACCCUGCUCAAUCGAGCUUACAUUCUAUAGGAGGUGGGGUGUAAAACACAUUAGGACAGGAAUGUGCAAUCAAAUAAGGUGGGCUGCCCUUUAGGAGAGGGCAAGAGACGGGUAUGUGAGGUAGGGGUUAGUCUUGGAGGCCAUAAGCUUUCCUAAAGAGAUGGGUUUUAAGGCACUUCUUAAAAGAUGCAAGACUAGGGGAGAGUCGGAUGGCGGUAGGCAGGCUAUUCCAUAGGAAGGGAGCCGCCCGCGAGAAGUCCUGCAAGCGCGAGUUGGCCGUACGGGUGCGGACAACGGACAGGAGGUGGUCACGGGCAGAGCGGAGAGACCGAGAAGGGACAUACCUGUGGAUCAGUGAGGAGAUAUAAGAGGGGCUAGAGUUGUUCAGUGCUUUAUAGGUGUGAGUUAGUGCCUUGAAUUGACUCCUAUAGCACACAGGAAGCCAAUGUAAGGACUGGCAGAGGGGUGAGGUGUGAGAGAACCGACUAGAGAGGAAAAUCAGUCUAGCAGCAGCAUUCAUUACAGACUGUAGGGGUGCAGUACGGCUUUUGGGAAGACCAAGCAGGAGAGGGUUACAAUAAUCCAUGUGUGAAAUUAUUAGAGCAUGGACAAGCUCCUUGGUAGUAUCUGGUGCAAGAAAGGGGCGGAUGCGGGCUAUGUUUUUAAGAUGGAAUCUACAGGAUUUGGCAACAUGCUGGAUGUGAGGCUCAAAGGUGAGACCAGAGUCAAGUAUGACGCCAAGACAGCGCGCUUGCAAGGAUGGGCUGAUGUUGGUACCACAAACUUGAAGGGAGAGCGAGAGAGGAGGAUCAGUAUUAGGAGGAGGAAAGACAAGGAGCUCAGUUUUUGAGAGAUUGAGUUUCAGAAAGCGGGAGGACAUUAUAUGUAGUUUGUGUUCUGCCCUAUAUACAAGUCUACACCAUUGGUUUGUUUUGUUCUGUUCUCUUUCAUGUACCAAUGGGUCUAAUUGCAAACUCUAUCUGAAGGAAAAUUAUUUGAUACAGAGAAUUGUGGACUACACCUGGGUGGACUUUUCUUCAUAAUUUUCUAUCAUACUUAAUAUUUGUAUGUCAGUUGGCGCAACCUCUAUUUUGUUUUUAUCUGUUUGUACUUGUUAUCAGGGGUAAAGGGAGUCCACCUUUCUUUACAGUGUUUGCAGCCUCACAUUACCCACUGGUAAUUACUUUUCCACCUUUUAUAUAUAUCUUCCAUUUCUAUUUUAUUUUAACCUUCUUCCAUUGCUCUAUGGUCCAGCUCUUACACUUGUGUCCCCAUUAAAGGGACCAUCGACAGUGGACAGUGGUCAUCACGGGCACCUUGAAAGGUCUGCAGCUACACAAUCCCAUACUCAGCAAACUGCAAUGCACUGUGUGCUCCGACACAUUUCUAUCAUGGCCACCAUUAAGUAUUUAAUCAAUUUGCUCUACAGUAGCUCUUCUGUGUGAUCAGGUCAGACUGACUACCCUUGGCUCCCCACAUACAUCAAUGAGACUUGGACACCCAUGAUAUUGACACCACUUCACUGGUUGCCCUUCCUUGCACCACUUUUGGGAGGUAGUAACCAAUGCAUAACAGGAACAUCCCACAAGACUUGCCAUUUUAGAGAUGCUUUAAACCAGUCAUCUAUUUAACCCUUAUCAAAGUCACUCAAAUCUUUUCGCUUACCCAUUUUUCUUGCUUUCAGCACAUGGAAUUUAAGAACUGACUGUUCACUUGCUGCCUAAUAUACCUCACCCAUUGGCAGGUGCCAUUGUAACGAUAUAAUCAAUGUUAUUUACUUCAUCUGUCAGUGGGUUUAGUGUUGUGGCUGAUCAGUAUUUAUAUAUAAACAUUUUUAGAUAAUCUGAGGCAUUGUGAGUGGGGCUAUUUAUACUCACUAUUUUAAUAUAACGUUAUCCGUGUUAUGCUUUCAUUAUCCCUUUUUUAUUUAAUAACCUAAACACUAAAUUCAGUGUUUAUUAAAUACCCUGCUUUACCAAUAGUACCCGGAAGGGGCAUUUGUAUUGAUAACUUGCUUCACCUGCCCUGAAGAGGUAUUUAUAUUGAUAACUUGUUACACCUGCCCUGAAGGGGCAUUUGUAUUGGAAUAUUCAUUUUGUGCUCUUGGUUAUUUUUGUGUAUUGUUUAUUUACUUUUGUUUUGGGGAGAACACUGUUUUUUUCUAAGUGCUGCAUUUAACUUUUUAAGUGCUCAUAUAUAUUUUAUAUUCACUUAUUUUUAAAGCACCCUUGCACUUGUUGGCUAUAUAUCUAAACUUCUCUGAGAUGCCUGGUUGCAUGGAUCCUUUGUGACAACCUAUUAGCAGUCUCUCUGGUCUGCAUUUCAUGAGAUCAAUUUGGUGGAGAGAGAAAGAGGAAAUCCUUGCACACUGCCUGUGCUGCAUAAAUCAAUCUAUGCUGUCACUGUUAGAACUGAAAUACUGCUGGCUCUGUAACAGCCACAAUAACAAAAUGUGCAGCUAAUAGAGCUUCAGUGCUUGAUCUCGGGAGGAAUUAUAUUAUAUUGUAUUAUGGCUGAGAUAAUGGUGGAGCUCUGCAACACAUAUAUAUAUAUGCACUAAAUAUUACUGUGGAGCUGUAUAAUAUACUCAUACUCACACUGAUAUGCACUGCACAUUAACACAGAACUCUGUAACACGCGUUCACAAGGUUCUACCCCUUAUUUAUAUACCCACACGUGCCAAUUAUCCCUCUACUGCUCAUAAUUUGAAUCCUAAUAUUACCCACGAAAGUAACCUCUCUGUCUAUUCAAUAUAAAUUCUAUUUUGCCUGGAAAAUUAACAUCUUUACUCCUUAAUCUAGAUCCUCACAUUCCCAUGGUAUCUACUACCCUCCAAUUACCCAGUUUCCAUUUCCAUAGGUGAUUUCCCCCCUCCUUUUGACUAACACAGAAACAUUCACAGACAUACACUGUCAUACAGACACUAUACUUUAUCGCAUAGAGGCUUCAUAUAUACAAACAGAGUCAGACAUUAACAUACACAUGCAUACAAUCACACUCACAUAUCUACAAUUACAAACAUAAAGUCACUUACACAAACACACAUUGACAGUAAUACAAAUAAUUAUUUACCUAUUCACAGUAGAAGUUAGCUAUCUGGCUUUAUCAUAUCACAAAAGAUGUACCCUUGAUUUUUAAAAUCAUAGAAGUUUUGAAACUUUGAAACUUUUUUUUUCAUUUGAAAGAAUCGGUCUGGAGGUCUAAUAACAUUUAUUUCCCAAAACAAAGAGAGCCUGCAUCAGCUUAUAAAUAGGUCAAAAAGUUAAUUUUAAAAAAUAAAUAUUUUGGUGCAGCAUUGUACAACAUGUAUUCAUAACAUCUUAAUUUUUUUUUUUUUUUUAAUUUGUAGUCACGCUGUAAAAGUAUUAUAUUAUUACUGUUUGCCAAAAUCUUGAAUCUGGAGAAUUUUAUAGAAGAUACGAUUUCUGAAAUUCUGAAUGAAUUUGUUAUAUUGCAGUUUCAGUUUACACAGAUAAUGUUCACACUUGUUAUUAUAUUUUGUGCCUAUACAGUUUUACAGAGUUACAGCAGUGACAUGAUUUCAAAACUAAAUCUGAUUAUGUAUUUUACAGGCAUCCGAGAGGGAAAUUGUCUGGGUCAUGAGAAUCACCAUAUUUAUAUUUGGAGCGUCAGCAACCGCCAUGGCCUUACUGGCACAGUCUGUGUAUGGUCUCUGGUAUCUCAGUUCUGACCUUGUGUACAUCAUCAUUUUCCCCCAGCUUCUCUGUGUUUUGUUCAUUAAAGGAACUAACACCUAUGGCUCUAUCGUAGGAUAUGUUUUUGGACUCUUUCUCAGAAUUAGCGGAGGGGAGCCAUACUUGUACCUACAGGCCCUAAUCUGCUACCCUGGUUGCUAUGCUGAUCCUAGAAAUGGUAUAUACUUGCAGAGAUUUCCAUUUAAAACUGUUUCCAUGCUGGCUUCCUUCUUGGCAAAUGUAUGUGUAUCUUAUUUAGUCAAAUACUUGUUUGAGAAGGGAACAAUAUCACCAAAAUUAGACUUCCUAAAUGCUGUGAUAGCCAAGCACAGUGAGGAAAUCAUGGACAAGACCACUCUAGUAAAAAAUGACAAUAUCAAUUUAUCUGAGUUAGCCCCUGUCAAGCCAAGACACAGCGUUACCCUUCCUACCACGUUCACCAAUAAGGAAGCCAUCAGUGACUUGGACUCCAGCCCAGAAUCUCCAGAGUUGGAAGAUAAGGACAUGUGACAAAGCCAUAAGAACAUUGCUUCUCUCACACUGAAACAAUGAAAACUAUAUUAUACUGAUACUCAUGGGUGAGCAGCGAUUUAGUAAAACCACUUUUUUUUUAACUAAUAAUCAAUGUGCAGUUCAAUAACCGAUAAUAAAAUAAUCACAAUCCAAUGUCAUUGCACAAUACCAAUAUAAUUUCACAAGAGAAAACAGGCUCUUUAACCAUCCCAGAGAUGAAGGCAUUUCCUACCCAUUGCUGUUCUAGCAUUGAUUGAUGUUCAGUAUCAUUUUACAUGACAGUACCUAACACACCAAUUGCAUUUUUUAUUGAUUUAGUUACUUUUUUUUUUUUUUUAAUAUAACUUAGCAAUAAGGGAUUAGGUUAGACCAGUAAAUGGUCUGCAGAAUCUCAUUCCUGCAAAUUGACAGCAUCCCUUUGGCAUGUAACAAUGGUAGGUUAUAUAGAUACAUAGCCUACUUUUGUAGUUUUAUUGUCGAAGCCAAUAUUUCUUAUUCGUAAAGUACAGCUUAGAAUUCUCAAGUUUCUUAAUGUUUGGCUUUUUCUCUUUUGUUGUUUGUGUGGUUUAUUGUAAUAUUGUACAAAACACCAGCACAUUUGCACAUUUUUUAUGCGAUUGUUUGCUUGAAACCAUUCAUCUUUACAGGGAUUUGUGCAAAUUGGACAUCAUGGUUUGCUACAAUGGCUUUAUUGUAAAUCAGCCUUGUUCUUCCAUAUUAUUUCAACUAUUUUUAUAGAUAGACCCUUAUACGUCUGUCCGAUACGUGUCUCUUUUAUGGAUUAUGAAGACAAGCUAUGACUAUGUAUAUAAAAAAAUGUUGAAGUUCAUAAUCACGUAAACAAAUGUGAAUUAGUUAAUAAUUAUUAAUUUACUUUAUGCAUAGGCUUAUUUCUAUUUUAUAUCCUUUCAGAUACCAUCAUAAUUGAGUGUGCAAUAAUAAACCGCCCAUUUUAAGUGCACGCUUGUUUAUAUACAUUUCAAGCAAUGGCCCACAUUAUCAUACCAAACCCUUCAUUUUCCUGAUGAAGCACUCAUAAUCAAUAACCGCCUGAAAAGAAAAAUGUCGCAAGAUGUCGAUGUAGGUGAUACAGAUGUAGGUGAUACAGAUUCUAUGAACAAAGCCUGGGCCUGAUGUGCUGCUUUUAAAACUCUGACAUGCUCUGUUGGAUAGAGUUACAAUAGAACGUUGCUUAAUGUUAUUAAAGAGGAGAUCUAUGUAACAAGUAUAUGUAUAUGUAGAAAAUGCCUACUUUUAUAUCAUAAAAAAAUGAAUGCACUCAAUAAUAAUAACAUUGUCUAAACACUUGUCUUACAUAUGUUAUGUCUCUAUGUUGACUAAUCAGAUCAAGUGCUUCCUAAAAUGCAAAUAUUCACUGCAUUAUAUGAAAUAUAAAAUCAAUCUUAGCAAACAUCUAAGUAAAGAUAGGCAAGUGUCUUAAGUAAACAAAAAUUCAAAUCCAGGUUUUCCUCUGGGUUUAAUAACCAUAUCAAUAAGGAAUCACAUGCUUCAUCAACUGUCUGUAAAAUUUUAUUUAUUUUUAUUGCAACAUUAAAAUCCACACAAAACACUUUAAAUAGAGAAGGCUCAAAAACAAAACAUAAAAAUAAACUAGACUUGUACACGGUGACAAAACGCCUGGCACUUGUGGCAGGCUUAUGCAAUGUAUGAUCAUAUACUGUAACUAAACCCCCAUUAUUUAUCGCUGGGGGAGGUGGUUUUAAAUAAAACUAUUACAUUAUGUGAGACUCGAAAUUGCUGUUUAGUGAAUGAGUGAGUUCACAGGAUCUUGUAUGUUAUAAAUAUAUUAUAUAUAUAUAUAUAUAUAUAUAGAGAGAGAGAGAGAGAGAGAGAGAGAGAGAGAGAAGUAUUUAUGUAUAUAUAUAUAUAGAGAGAGAGAUAUAUUUGUAUACAUAAAUAUACAUACAUAUUGUACUGUACACUGAUUUUCGUGACAUAUGGUUCACAGAUCAAGCGAAAAGAAAU